UAAAUUCAUAUGUUCCUUAAUCCAAUAUCACAGAAGUGCACUCCAGUUAAGUGUAAAAGGGCUGUAAUAAAAAAAAGACACAAUAAAAAAACAAGUAAUUUAAUUUAGAAGAGAUACAUUUGAUAUAUAAAAACAUCCAAGCCACUCCCGGUUCUCAUGAAGCUAUUGAUUUUGUCAUAAAUCUGAAUUUGGUCACUAGUCGGCCCUUUUAGAUGGAGGACUCUUAGUAGAUGGCUGUUUUCAAUGUUGGCUWGGGUCCCUUCCAGUCCCACGUCAUACCUUUUAGACUUAGUGACGCUCCGUGCAUGUUAUUUAUUUUAUUUUUUACUGCGGUUGAUAACUUUGUUUUUAUGCGGAUCCCUGUGCUUCACCCACCCUCUUCCUUCCUCCUCUAGACCGGGCAUAGAGUCCAUGACAGACCGAGUCACCCUUACGGACUACGAGGCAAGAAGGUUACUCAACGCCAUAGUCAAGGAGUUUGUGCAGAUGACAGCCGAAGAGCUGGAGCAGCAAGAGAAUGAAAGCAACGAAGGCAAUAGCAUGGAAAGACCCCUAACCAAGCGCUGCUCUAACCUCAGCACCUGCGUGCUGGGCAAACUGUCCCAGGACCUGCACAAAUUACAAACGUUUCCCCGCACGGACGUGGGCGCGGGCACGCCUGGCAAGAAACGCAGCGCGCCCGAGAGCGAACGCUAUGCAAGCUACGGGAAGACAUUUGACAGCAUCUAACCCUCCGCCCUCCUCCUAUUCCCUCUCUUUUCAUUAUAACGUCCUCCUGGUUUUUGUUUGACAAGUCUCAGUGCAUGUGGAUUUUCCCCGCUUGAUUGACCCUAGAGCGAAUCUCCCAUUGCAACCCCCACUUCUUAGUUUUUGUAUUCUUCUUUUGACAAUUCCUUUCCGUUUUCGGCAAAGAAUGACAUGUUGUAUCUGUUCAGACAAUCAACUCUUCUAAAUUACAAUUAUUCAAAGGAAUGAAUCAAAAUAUAGAGAUUUUUUCCCCCAGUGUGUAUAUUCAUAUAAUUUGAUUGCAUUUCAAAUUCCUGAUAACCCAAAUUCCUAAGAGAUAAGUAAUAUAAGUAACAUUCAACCAUAAUAAAUAGUUUCUUCAUGCGUCACCAUGUUUCUUGUUCAAUAAACCUAUUUUUCUACCAGGAAGGCUUUUACUUUUUUUUCUUAAGAAAUAGAAUAUUAGUAAUUAAACUAUUUGUUUUAUGGACCUAGCUUUGGCUCUUCCAACAAUGGCAUUCAAUAUUUUUUCAUUGCAGGAUAGAGUAAAUCAUAGUUAUUAUAGCAUUUCCAAUACCCUUGAACUAUCUCUAGAACCUUCACCAAGUCUCAAGGUAAGAAUUAUGAUCGACUGAACCAUUCUAAUGAUCUAACAUUUUCAGAGACUAUAUUAAUCCACGGUCUACUUUUUAUGUGUUUAGAUGUAAUUGUUCUACUCCUGUUAAUGACAAUGACACUUUCAUUUCAUGGAGGUGUUGCAAAGCAGAUGUUUUAAUUACAUUGAACAGUAUUGCUUGAUUAGAUAAGGAAAUAGUGUGUGUGUUUGAUAGUGUGUGUGUUUGUGCGGACAGCUUGUGCGUGUGCUUGAGUAUGUGUACAUUUCUAAGUGUCUGGUAUGAGUGCGAACACAAAUGCUUUUGUGCGUCUGUGUACUGUAUGUGUAUUGAGGUACUGUUAACCCGUCUCCAUUC